UUCUAGCAUUUUCUUUUCCACCAUUUUCCCGGAAAAUAAUCGAAGCUAUAAAUCCCAAAACUUUGCUUUGUCCUACUCCCAUUUCCCCUCUCUCUUCACUCUCACACCAUCUUUUCUCUGUUUAGUGUACUCCCAUUUCCAUCUUCGUAAUACCCACUUUGCCAAAUCUGUUGUAAUAUAUUUGUAAAUUUUGAGCUUCGUGGAGAAGUUUUAUUGAGAUUCGAUGGUAUUUUUGAGUUCCAGAAUCUUGGUGUUAGGGGAUCAAAUAAAUCUUCUAUUAUCAGGUUGAAACUUUGCCACUUCAUGUGUGCAGUAUGUACAAUCCCAUAAACAUCAUUUGAGAAGUAUCUAGUCCAUCGAAAAAAGGGAGAAAAGAAAAAAAGAAGGAUGUGGAUAUCUUGCAUUUUGAUAAUAUGAAGACUACACAGGGCACCAAAGAAUCAGCUCAAGCUUCUCGUGAUUCAGCAAAUGACAAAGCAAAUGAGAAUGCAAAUGACAAAGUAAAUACAACUGAGGCACCUAUUACGGAUUCAAGUUCUGUAUCGGCAACAAGCAAAGAUAGCAAGAGAGUCUCACCUCAAGAUAUUGAAUUUGUCCAGAAUUUAAUUGAGCGAUGCUUGCAAUUAUACAUGAAUAGAGAUGAGGUGGUUAAAACACUCCUGACUCGUGCAAGAAUUGAUCCUGGAUUUACAACUCUCGUAUGGCAGAAAUUGGAAGAAGAAAAUGCCGACUUUUUCCGAGCUUAUUACAUAAGGUUGAAAUUGAAAAAACAAAUCCUCUUAUUCAACCAUUUGCUUGAGCACCAAUAUCACCUCAUGAAGUAUCCUAUGCCUCCCAAGGUUCCAUUGGCACCUAUUCAGAAUGGGAUUCACCCUAUGCCUGUUAAUAAUAAUAGCUUACCAAUGGGGUACCCGGUCCUUCAGCAAUCAAUGGCUCCAGUCCCAGGUCAACCCCAUAUUGAUACUAUGGGUAAUGGAAUAUCAAGUUGUCAUAUAGUCAAUGGAGUCCCUGCGCCAAGUAACUAUCAUCCUAUUCGGAUGAAUUCUGGGAACGAAGCAUUAUCAUCCAUGUCAGAGGUUCCUGUGAGUCCUACAUCUGUGGCAUCGAGUGGUCAUUUCCCAUUCUCAGCAUCAGAAAUCUCCGGAAUUGGAGCAGAGGCUUCAACUCUUGAGACUGCCUUCACGGCAGAUGUUGCAAAUUCUGUGGGUUUGCAACUUCCAGGAGAUGGUACAGAUGGAAAUUCUCGGGAUUCUUUCAGAUCACUUGAUCAAAUUCAAUGGAAUUUUAGUCUGACAGAUCUUACAGCAGAUUUGUCGAAUUUCGGAGAUUUAGGAGCUUUGGGAAAUUAUCCUGGUUCUCCAUUCCUGCAUUCUGAUUCAGAUAUUUUGCUUGCUUCUCCAGAGAAUGAGGAUUUAGUUGAGGAGUUUUUCGUUGAUUCAGUGCCUGGGCCGCCGGGCUCGCAAUCGGAUGAGGAGAAAACUUAGAAGCAAGGUUAGGCAGCCAGCGUCUCAUUCCACUUUGAUUAGUUUGGUUAAGAUGAAAUCAAGUCAAUAAACUAAUAAGCCUUUGCUAGAAAUUUUGUGGGGACUGUUACCUUAAGAUUGGAACAUCUUGAAAUCGAUUGCGGUUAGCUCGUAUGCUUUGUAUGAUUUUCAUGAGUAGCAAGGUAGACAUGCCAGUUGAGGAAUUUCUCUACAUUGUUCUUUUAACAAUUUGAAAGUUGAGGCUAUGAUUUGCUUUCA